UUUUUUUUUCUCUCACACUUUAUUAAUAUCAACUGACACCAAUCACCACUUCUCGUAGGUGCAAUCAGGAUUCGUUUAGAAAAUACCAUUUCUUGGCUGUCUUGAUCUUUAGUAUCAGACAGAAUUCAACUUCGUCCAACUGAUCAAACUAUUGCGAAGGAGCACUUCUUUGAACUAGUUUCCUCUUAAAGGACAAGCCCAAAGCAACUUUUUUUUUUAUUUUUAUUUUUUAUAAUCAAUAGUAAGCCGCAAAUGGUCUGCGCAACUACCCCAAUGGAAUCCAACGACCAUCUCGUUAAGGAAAAUAACGCCCCUGAGGUUCAGGAAAAUAAUAAUCCGUCUACCUCUACAUCACAGCCUGCGGCUAUGCAAGAACCUGUCGAAAAAAAGACGCCCCCUGCUCCCACCGUUAACUUCUGGAAGGCUCGCAAGGAGACCAUGAAGCCUACUACGACUUCUAUGACCGCUUCCUCUAGCACAGCUGAAGCUGAGGCCGAGAAACGUGUUGAAACCAUUAUCGAGAGUAUUAAGGAAGUAACCUUGGAUGCCAAGGACGAAAGUAAAAAAUCGAGAAAAGGCAAAAAGUCGCAGACUAUACUUCCAGCCUUGGAUGACACUAACGUUUGGCCUGAUCCAAGUGCCUCAGCUGAAAAGGAGACUAAGCAGGAACCAGUUACUGCAACUGCACCUAUCAAUAAGAAGGACAAGUACAAGUGGACAAAUUAUACUCCCAAUAUUACGCACUCUACAUCAGGAAACAGUCAUAAGUCUCAUGAUGCUCAUAAUCGCCGUACAAGGAACUUGCAUACACAUACAUCGGAUGCUAAGGCUGCUUCCAAUGGACAUGACUCUGGCACCGCUACCGCAUCUACCAAAGUUGCUGACGGUCAAUCAUCGCAUAUUCGUCGUGCCUCUGUACCAUCUCUCUUUGAUGGUGAACCCUCCCGAAAUGGUUCUCAACAUCGUAGCCAGAACCGCCAGCAUAGUGGCCGUGGUCGUGGGGCAAAGUCAACUGGCGCUCGUCCCAAUUACAGAUCGUCAGUUGGCAAUGCCGCAUAUGCUUAUCAGCAUGGAGCACCACAACCCGACACAGAAGUCCUAAAAUCAUUCAUUCUUCAGCAAAUGGAGUACUAUUUCUCGGUUGAAAACCUUUGCAAAGAUGUCUAUAUGCGCACUCAGAUGGACUCGGAAGGCUACGUUCCAUUGUCUCUCAUCGCUAACUUUAACCGUGUCAAGCACCUGACAACAGACCACUCGCUGAUUAAGGAGGCUAUUAAAGACAGUAAAGUCAUUGAACUUAAUGGUGAUAACAUCCGUAGAAGGGGCGACUGGGCCACGUGGAUUUUUCCUAAGGAGGACGGCGUGAUCCCUUUCCAAGCCACUCGAUCUUCAUAUGUUCCCCCUGUCAGAAGUCCACAUCCGGUUGCUAUUGUACCACCAACAAGCUCUAGUAUACCUACCGAGGAUGACUGGCAUGUUAAGCAGUCCAAGACUAAGAAGCGCGCCUCAAUCGCUCAUGCAAAUACAGCACUAGUUCAGCAGUCUCAGCCUAGUACUAACAUUGCAGACGACGAUGAUCUUUUCCAGUUUGAUGACGAUAAUCUCCUCGGAGGUUCUCGCACAGGCACUGUUCAAAAAUACUAUGUCAGUGAUGAUGAAGAAGAGGACGACGAAGAAUUCGACGAUGACACAGUUGCCAAGAUCUUGAUUGUCACUCAGAAAAAGAAAGAUAGGUCACACGGCUCGUAUGAACGCAAGGCCAUGAACGACGAAAUCAACGAUAUGAUUAAUGAGGGAUUGUACCAUUAUGAGGCUGAUCUCCAGCGCAGACGCAACAGCAACCGUCGUGGUAGCCUUGCCCAUUCCCAUAAAAAGGUAGAGAUGAUCUCAGAGGAGCAAUUUACUGCUCUUACAGGCUCGCAACCCCGCCAAAGCAGCACCACUUUGAGCUCUAGUAUCAACAACCAGCAUAAUAACAACCAGAUGGCUACACAAGGCGAGAGUAGUAGUGGGAAGAAUAAGGGUAAGGGUAAGGGCAAAACACUUCGUUUCUAUUCAGUGAAGGGCACACAGGAAAGCAAGGGAGGCAAGCCUGAUUCGCGCCAGCAUCAAGCUCAGGCCGCUGUUGGAUGGAUUCUGGGUGAUCAGCCUUUCCACCAAUCAGAUCUUCCUCAAUCUGUCGGAAAUUCCCCUGCUACAGGCCACUCCAUGUCUAUGGGUUCACACACAGAGUCAUCCUUGCUCUCUACAUCUUUGGAGGCUCCUCACUCCUUCCCUGCAUUCCAGCAUCCCUCGCACGAGCUGUUGCAUGAGAACGGCUUUAUUCAGCACAAAUAUUACAAGUACCACGCAAAGGCUCUCAAGGAACGCAAGCGUCAGGGUGCCGGUCAUUCCCAGGAAAUGAACACCUUGUUCCGAUUUUGGUCACACUUCUUGCGUGAUAAUUUUAACAAAAAUAUGUAUGCCGAGUUUAAACGCCUGGCGGUCGAGGAUGCGAACGCCAACUACCGUUAUGGUUUGGAAUGUCUCUUCCGAUUCUACUCUUAUGGGUUGGAAAAGAAGUUUCGCCAGGAUCUUUUCUUAGAUUUUGAGGCAUUAGCGCAUCAGGAUUUCCAGAAUGGGCACAUGUAUGGCCUGGAGAAGUUCUGGGCUUAUUUAUAUUAUCGUAAAGACAAGGCUCGCCGUAAGCUAGAUGUGAUGGCUGAUUUGAAACCAUUGCUGGAGCAGUACAAGAACAUUGAUGACUUUAAGAGUGCCCAUGGAAACAACUCCAAUCCACCCAACAACAACUACACUGUACCGAACCAUGGCCAUUAAGAUCAAGUCUUCACAAACUCAAAAUAGAUAUUCAC